AUGGACAUCCAACAGACCCGCACCCGCCUCCGCCGCACCUUUGCCUACCCGGCCGACGAGUCCGCCUUCGACGACGCGGCCGACGACGACGACGACGGCGCCCCGGCCCUGGACGAGACGGAGCAGGACGAGCUGAUCAGCGCCCUGAGCACGGCGAACCACGGGACCAACGCCCAGUUCCGGCUGCUGCUGCUGGCGCUGCCCGCCGUGUCGGCCGUGCCGUACGCGCUGGCCCUGGCGGACCCGCGCGCCCAGGGCCUGUCGCGCACCGCCGCCGUGCUGGCCCUGACCAGCCUCGCCAGCACCGCCGGCCUGCUCUGGGGCCGCCCCGCCGGCACCACGGGCAUCGGGCCGCUGGACCGCUGGGCCGCGGGCGCCCCCGGCGCCGAGGACACGCUGCACGGCGACCACGGGGCGCGCGCCGCCUCGACCCGCCGCCGCAGCCGCCGCGACAGCUUCAGCCUGCCCCAGGCCGUCCCCCUCGCCGACGGCCACGGGCCCCUGGGCACCUGGCUGCCCUACCUGAACCUGGGGCUCUGCGCGCUGCUGGUGCUGAUGGGCCUGCUGGGCGCGGGGACCGCCGCUGGUCGGGGUGCCGCCGCUGGUGCCGCGCCGAGGUCGUGGGGUCAUGUGGGCUUGCCCUACCUGCCGGCCGUCAUCUAUGCCGUCGUGUUGCUGGCCAACGUCGUCAUGGGCGGAGUUGAUCCCGAGAGGGAGUUGAGCGGGCUCAAGUACGAGUACAAGGGAGCGUGA